AUGGCAACAGCCAAAAUACCUGUUCGAACAAAAGGUGAGACAAACUGUGUUUAUCACAAGAGGAGACAACUGAAAUUCUUUUGUGAAAAAUGUCAAGAAAUGGUUUGUCCAAAAUGCCUUUCGUCUGUUCAUAGAGGCCAUAUUAUGUGUGAGCUCAGUGAAAUCACUCCUCAGAAGAAACAGGACAUUAAAAACUUCAUCGACAGAACAGAGCAAGGAGAAAUGGUACAAAUCCGGAAAUACAUCACCUCUACUGUAAUACACCUCAACGAUAACGACAGUACAUUUGAAAAACUGUCUAAUCAGUUGAAGAUGCAAACAGACAAAUUAAAGCAAAACCUUGACAUGCUCACAGAAAAGACACUCAACCUUUAUCGGGAAAUGAAAGAGGAAAAUACCAAGCGCAUACAAAAAUACAAGCAGGACCUGGAGAUGUAUGAUAUGCAACUCAAACAACAGAUACAGGAAUGUAGGUGUGUACUCGAGCGUGGCUCUCACAUAGAAAUCUUCGACACAGAAUGUGAAAUAGAUUACCAAAUACAUUUGCCUGUAAAUCCUGUCCUGGCUACUGCCAGCUUUAUUCCAAAUGAAAAUCCUCAAGGUAACCUGGAACUAGCAUUAGGAAAGGUGAUCACCUCAGGUCAAGGGCAUACCUCAACUGACCAGGAUCGGCCAGUCUCAACCCCUGUUGACCAGGGACAAUCCUAUACACAGCAACAACAGUCAUGUGAUAACGGGAAGAAAGCAGUGACAAGGUAUAAACUACUGUCAGAGACCAAGGUGGUGGAAGAGUGGAGGUCUUCAUAUUACAUUGAUUCGAUAUGUCCCACCAAUUGA